UUUUCCAUAAUUCCUAUUCGCACCGAUUAACUUUCUUCGGAGACAGUUAAAAUGUCCAGUGCCAUCGGCUGACGACGUCGCCAUUUUUGUGUGUGUGUGUGUGUGCCGUAACCAUCGCGAUGAGCACGACCCUGCCGAGUGUGUUAUAAGCCUCCUAGUAAGUGGUAUAAGCGACGUUCUGGACAGACGGACAAGGCAAUAGGAGGAAGAGAGUCGAGCGAGGGGAGGUAGUGAGGGAACAUAGUCCGACUGGGCGGCUGCUCCAUUUUGCGGUGGACGCGCCGAACGAAUAGGUUGGUCCUACAAAGUGCCCUGCCGUACGUAGUACAAGACACCGGCUUCAGUGCAUUACACAAGGAGCGUGUGAGAGAGAAAGAACUAUAACUGCGUGAGGGUUUUUCGUAAGGGGAGAAAGAAAAAAACAACACACACACAAAAAAGGCUGGCUAAAUUACCUUUAGUUCAAGCGGUUGCAGAGGCAGUUGGCAGCCGACUUUGCUCACCUGUAGCAGCACACAACUCGAUCGCGUUGUAAAUGUGUAGUUAGUCUUUGGCGAAGACAAGUUUGCACGCCAUCAGCGACAACUUCAUUCACAACUGGAGAACCGACAAAAAGCAGAAUGGAAAACAACGAGAAUGCUGACAAAGUCCAGUCAGCGGGAGAUGCCCCUGGAUUGGAGAGCAGCAAACAAUCAUCAACAACUGACGAGAAACCGCUGCUUUCGGAGAGACACGACGAUCCGGCUAUUCCGCCAUUAAUGCCGGUCGCUUCCGCAGACUCGGUCGAACCUGAUUCUACUGCAACGGAGAAUCCCGUCAAUUUGAAAAUCGAAUCCAGUGGCAGCCCUCAAGUGACAGAAGAACAACAACCAACUGCCGAUCACGAACCGGAGGUUGGUGGUUCCUCUGCGGCGCCAUCAGAUCCGGAGCAACAUCAAAGAUCUUCGCCUCCUCCACUGACUCAACACGUGCGCACCAUCACGUUAACAUCGGAUUAUCGCCAGCAGCAUCAAGACAGCGCCCUGGAAGGGACGGUGAAUGAAGAGCAUCAGCUGGGCGUGUCCGAAUCCGGCAACGGAAACGCGGGUAACACGUCGCUCUACGUGGAAGAGAGCGUCGUCGAAGGAAAUCAUCAGGGGGCGUCGGAAGGAUCUUACUAUCAUCAGCAUCACUAUACGGAAGAAAACGGAGCUGGCCAGUCUGUCCGUUACAGAGAAAUGGUAGACGGUCAUCACAACAAGCAAAGCGGUGGGCCGGUGCAGCAUUCCGAGCUGCUGGACGCCGCUGCAGCCGCCGCAGGCGUCCCGACUGGUUACAUCAUGAUGGAAGGUGAAGAAGACGAUCAAGAUGGCCGGACGUCGGCCUAUUUAGGAAGCCGGUUGGCUACCUUUCAGAUGACAUUGGCUCGGCAGGUAGACCUGGAAGAAACGGGCAAUGGAGGAGGGCCAUCCGCUCAUCACUCUCGUAACGAGGAAGGCCAUCCGUCAUCCGCGACGCCCGAUCUCCAGCACCAACAACAGCAACACCAUCAACAGCAACAUUCAGGCGGUGGUCAUCAUCAGCAAGUGUAUAGCACUUUAUUGGCUCCGCGCUACAUCAUGCGAGCGGACCUGUACAAUCAUAAGGGAGAAUUAGAUGACUCAUCUUACGACUCGGGCGCAGCUCAGGAAGUGAUGGUUACCGACGGCACACUGGACAAUUUCGGCAACAAUGUCAUCCAUGUACACUCCAGCUCGCUUCAGCCGUUGCAGACGCUACAGUCGUUUUCGUUUCCGUCGCUCUCAUCAUCUGGUAGACAUUCGCCAACGUCAGCGGCUGCUGCAGCCGCUGCCGCUUACAACACUUCCGACACCUAUCAAUACCAGCAAAUAGGCAACACCAAGUUGCAGCAACAACAACAAGAGGCCACACACCAUCAUUACGGUACGCUGCAUCAUGGCAGCGGUGGAACAUCGUCCGGAUCAUCUUCCGGCCGUCUACUCGACUCGAGUCUCUACAGCAAAAUCGAAGUGAUCCCGUCGUACAAGACAGCCCUCCACGGAGCCACCGCUCAGGUGUACAGCCACAACAUCCCAUCGUCGUCGCCUAACAAUGUCGGCGUUUACGAUCACACGGCCACGCUGUACAGCGCCUCCAAUCCCACGCAGGGAACGAUCAUCAACUACAAUUCGCCGGAUUCUUCCGCCGGCUUGUCUUCGUCUGGCGGCAUCGUCAUCGGAUCUUCCAAUCAUAAAAUGGAUGGCAUCAGCAUCCAAAUGCCGUGGACCACGUCCAGUUCGCCGAUGGAUUACGGUUACGGAACGUACGGUAUGGGGGCCGGUGGAUCGCUACUUGACAUAUCGCCGACGGAAUUGAAAUCCAUGUCUGUCGGUGGCUACUCGGGAAACUAUUCGACAACGAGUAGCCAAUUUACGUCCAUUAGUCCGGCACCAGGUGGAGCCACUUGGUACAGCCCUCCAGAAGGCAACAUCCACGUCCUGCAAACGGGUGAGAUCCUGCGCAAAAUCGAUCCAGACGAUCAGGCGUCGCUAGAAGGCAGAGAAUGCGCUAAUUGUGGAGUGAUUGCUACGUCUCUUUGGCGCCGUGACAGCACCAGCCACUUUCUGUGCAAUUCUUGCGGUUUGUACAAGGUGACCAACGGCGUCAAUCGUCCGCCCGCUCGUCAGCAGUCUUCCGGCGGGAACAGCAACAGUGGCAACGGAAUCGGCGGACAUCAGCCGCAUCAACCCAAACGAUCGUCUACCGCCGGUGGCGGCCACAGUUCUUCGUCAAAUGGCAACGGCAACCGUCGAACCGGACUGGUUUGCUCCAACUGCAGUACGUCGACGACGACAUUGUGGCGUCGCAACGCGCAAGGCGAACCCGUCUGCAACGCGUGUGGACUCUACUACAAACUGCAUUCGGUGAACCGACCGCUAACCAUGAAGAAGGAAGGCAUCCAGACUCGUAAACGAAAGCCAAAAGCCGGAACUAGCCAGCCCACGGAAAAAACGCCCAACAAAAGGUCGAAAAGCAGUCACACGUCCGGUGGCCAGUUGAUUCACCAAUCCGGAUCGACGUCGCAGUUGCACCUACACCAUCCGCAACUAGACCAACAUUAUGAAGAGAUGAAGCAUGAGCUGGGCGAGACGGACGAUCACGAACUUGCCAACAUAUCCAGUAAUCACCUAUACCAGAACCAGAUUCUGGGUGGUGCUAGCGCAGUGAUUCAUUACACUCCAACAGUCAUCACAUCUUCGUCGCUGACCGUCGGCAAUGGAGGAGCCGUAGUCUUAAUGACCCCUUCGUCCGGAUUGAUAACGACGGCCGGCAACGGUGAAGACGACGGUGAGACGGACCAACAGCAUCAUCAUCAUCAGGCCGAUGGCCAGGAAGACGAGGCCUCGACCGCCAACAACGCCGAUCACUCGCCCAUCCAUUUGCCUUCGACUGCCUUCCUCAACACUCACAUUAGCAAUUUGCCUCCAUUGGAGCCAGUAGUGAUGAUGCAUGGAUCGACGUUGGUGAGUCGCGGAGGAUCACCAAAUGGCACUGAGGUUUCAUCCAACAUCGUCAUCCGCCAAUUCGAUCGCCAUAUUGACUGAUCUGCCCACAAACAUCUCCAAUCUAUAAAUAUAAGUAUACCCCCUCCUUAAUAAUAACAGCCAGCACAAAAAAAAAAAAAAAGAAAGAAAGAAAAAAAUCAACAACACAAAACUGACAUAAAAAUUGCACAUUAGUUGUGUCAUAUUAUGAUUAUUCUAACAAAAACAAAUAUGCAAUGAAACGAAAAAACAAACCAACAAAACAAUCAUCGGAGUGAUGCUCCUGCUGAAAGCCCGUGCAUUGUUUAUCAUAUACAAGUUCAUAUUCAAAGCGGAUAUGAUUACCAAGUAUACAUGUGUAUUUCCUAAAGGCUAUUAUUCAGCUCGUAUAGUGAAUUACGGAAAAUGUAUUUUCAUUGCUUUAUGUAACGUCCACAUUUUCGCCGUUUCCAGUUUGUUUCGAGUAUGUUCAUAUUAAGCUUAUACGAAUGGCUACUAAGGUUUAAUAACGUCCAUGGCUGACGGUCGAUAUCUGGAGCUCGGGUUUCUCGUAUUGGAUUGCGUCAGCAUGUAACGCAACAGCAUUUAUAACGGGGUUGUAUUUUUUGGUUUUCGUUAAUUCCUACUUCGUAAUUAAAUCUGACCUCCACAACAUUUUUAGAUUGCCAUAGUUGGCCGUCACAGAUUCGUGUAUUUUAUAGUUGCAUGGUUUCACCGUUUAUUUUCUAUUUUAUUUUUGCAUUUUGUUUUGUUUCGUGUUUGAUUUCAUUCACAUUACUUAACUCCCUUGGCUGAUCAUUAUAGACUCAUAACCCCGUAUACCGCUCGUGUGUAGGCGAUGUGCAACCAAUAUACCAAAGAAGAAUUAA